AUGCCUUGUCCUUCAUUCCACAAGCUUGUUCUACCAUCCACUCUCCAAGCUAAGCAACUGAGGCUUCCAGAUGAUUUUGUGAGGAAAUACGGGGGCGAUAUUUCUCCGAUUGUUACUCUCACAGUUCCUGACGGAAGUGUGUGGCGUGUAGGAUUGAAAAAGGAAGACAACAAAUUUUGGUUCCUCAAUGGAUGGCAUGAGUUUGUUCAAAACUAUUCCGUCGGUGUUGGAUACUUGUUGCUAUUCAGAUAUGAAGGAAAGUCGUCUUUCAAUGUCAAUAUUUUUUGUUUGGCUACUUCUGAGAUUAACUAUCAAUCACCCGCACAAAGCAGAAAUGAAGGGUCUCUUGUUGCAAAAUGUCUUAAAAUUUUCGAAGAAAUGGAAGAUGAAGAUUCAAUUGGAAUCCUCAAUUCGUCGUCGCCUACGAACCUUACUCCUAGCCCAUUUCAAAAUAAAAAUGUUUCUGGAGCAGCUGAUAAAUUCAUGCCUGGCAAGUCUCGUUCGCCUCCAGCGCUGCAGAAUCUGUUUAAUGGAUCUAAACUUAAUAGCAUAAACUGGGGAGAAAGUAGAAAUACUCCUUCUAGAAGUUCCAAUUCAAUAGACAGCCACUUGACCCGAGAUAUAGGUCUCCAGUUUAAUGUAGUUGAGUUUAAAAAGUCUACUGAAGAGGUGAAGUUGCGUGCAGCCACUGAUGAAAAGGUUAAAAAAACUGCGACAAAGAAGCGUAAAUCAGAUGUUCAGGAACCUCCUUCUGAACACGAAGAUGAGGUAGAAAUGCGCAAUAGGUUUUAUGAAAGUGCAUCUGCAAGGAAAAGAACUGCCACGGCUGAAGAAAGAGAAAAGGCUAUCAACGCAGCAAAAGCAUUUGAACCAUCUAAUCCUUUCUGUCGAGUCGUCCUGCGACCCUCCUAUUUAUAUAGGGGAUGCAUAAUGUAUCUACCAUCUUGCUUCGCAGAGAAGAACUUGAACGGCGUUUCAGGAAUUAUCAAACUUCAAAUCUCUGAUGGGAGACAGUGGCCAGUUCGUUGUCUUUAUAAAAGCGGUAGAGCUAAGUUAAGCCAAGGAUGGUUUGAAUUUUCAUUAGAGAACAAUUUAGGAGAAGGCGAUGUGUGCGUGUUUGAGCUGGUUGAAACGAAGGAUGUCGUGCUACAAGUUACUCUAUUUCGUAUUACCGAGGAUGAAGGACUGUUGAGCUCACCAUCUUUGCAGCAGAACCAACAUGUGAGCCCUGCUAAACUGUUACUGAACAGUCCCUUUCAGAAUCAGCUUGCUUCAACAAAACUGAUUAGAAACUAA